AUGUAUCGGUUUUCGCUGGAGAAACGGGCACGAUCUAGAAAGCGUGGGUUCCCCGGAGAGCGGGAGUACGUCAGUUACGACCUCCCGCCGAGCCCGGGCUCUAUAAAAGGACGCGCGCCCGGGCGUCUCCCACAGUCACUCGGGACCUCGCACGCCUUAGACUCCCAGUCUGAGGCGAGCAGCAGAUCGGCCAGGCCAGAGGCUGCAGAAGCAGACACGGACAUGUCCGAAGUAAAGGCUGGUCGUUUGAAGAUCCUGGAUGAUGAUUGUUAUAUUAUUACUGUGGAUUCAAGCAGUGAUGAAGAACCUGAUACCAUUGCGAUUGGAAUGAAUGUGCAGAAAGGGGACGUCAGCUACGUGGUGAUUGACUCAGACUCUGAUGAUGAGUGCUUCCGUAAGAAGAAGAAGGUGAAGCUAUCUGGAAUAAAUAAUAAAGAUGAGAUUCUGGAAGUGUGGUCUGAUACUGAGGAGAAGCCAUGCCAGAAGCUUCCAACCAUUAUCAUUGAUGAUGAUGAUGAUGAUGAUUUGGAGGGCCCUGUGAUAAUAGAAGAUGAUUCGUGUGAUGAGGGCCAGACUCCCUCAAAUGAGCAAAAGAAGGAUGAGAUUGCUAUCUUCCAACGGAAAGUAUCUAAUAAAGUUGGUCAUCAGAAUCUUAAGAAAGAUCCCUACCAACCACCAAUUGAUGAUCCUGACGUUGAACUAGCGUUGUCAAUUAGCAAGUUGUCAACUGAUGAAAAGCCUGAGCCUGUGGUGGAACAACCAAUGAAAAGGAAGAAUAAAAGCAAGAAUAUAUCCGUGAAACCUGUUGUUGAAGGACGGAAGACACGUGGGUCUUCCAAGAAGAAACCAAGUGCAGCAAAAAGUGAAAAAUGCAACCCUGGGGCUUCUGAAUGCAAAAUACCUGGAUGUUUCUUGCGUGGCCUUGAGAAUUUAAAGGAGUAUUCUGGCAAGAAGUUCAAGCGAAAUAAGGAUGAACUGGUUCAGAGAAUCUACGCUCUGCUUAACAGCUCUGUCUUUGAUAAAAAGCUGCCGGAGAAAAUUGAUAUCGGCUGGAAUAAAAAGAUGCUGAGAACUGCUGGCUUAUGCAACACUGGCCAGAUUCGACGCCCGAAGAGGCAGCGUUAUGCUAAGAUUGAGAUUUCUCUGAAAGUCUGCGACUCUGCAGACCGACUCCGGGAUACUUUGAUCCAUGAGAUAUGCCACGCAGCCUCCUGGCUACUUGAUGGUAUCCGUGAUUCCCAUGGUGAUGCCUGGAAGUAUUAUGCCCGAAAAUCUAAUAUGGUGCACCCGGAGCUGCCCAAGGUCACUCGUUGCCAUAACUAUGAGAUAAACUACAAGAUUGUUUAUGAGUGUACUAAGUGCAAAUCCAGGAUCGGCCGCUACACCCGAUCCCUGAACACUGACCGCUUCAUCUGUGCCCAGUGCAGGGGCCCUCUGGUCAUGCUGCCACAGACUCGGAAGGAUGGGACCCCCAUUCGGCCCCAUGUGAGACCAUUUGCCAAGUAUGUGAAGGAGAAUUACAGGAUCAUUCAGAGGCAGACAGAAGGAAUAAGUCAUGGAGAUGUGAUGCGAAAGCUCAGCAAGGAUUUUGCUGCCAAAAAAAAAAUGCUGGGUCUUUGAGGUUUUCUGAGAAUGUAUUUGUGUGAGGUGAGUCCUCUAUUGGUCAGGAGUUUUAGAAAGAGAUCUUAGACGAAGUUAGGAAUAUUAGAGUUUAAAUCCUUUUAAAGUAGCUUCCUGUUGUUAGUAAAUGAUUGUUCUUAACCAAGGGUUAACUGUUUUGUGCCCUUAGUCUUACACAGAAGCCCUUGGUAUCUACCUUGGGUCUUACUUAGAUGCUGUAGUUGUAAGGUAGUGAAUGAAAUGCAGAAGAGGAAUGAGUUUUGGAGAGUGGCAGGUGGAGAGAGUGAGAGUUAAUGCUGAAAAGAGAACAAGUUUUAAAGGCAGUCCUUCAAAAGCAGGGCUGCUGUCAGGUGUAGCCUGUUAUACUUACCUAGAAUUAAAGGACAAAUGUGUUUCAUAAAUUAGUUGAUAUUGUAUGAAGCCGUCUGAGCCAAUGUAACUGUUCACAAGAUAAGAAAUAAAUAAAUAAAAUGUUUUCUGC